UCGUUGAAGGCCAACGUAUCGGUAAUCGGAUUCCCCUCGACGUAUAGACCGGUGAUCGAUGUGAACUGGCAGUGUUGUGCUGCGUUAACAAGCAAGCACUCAGCAAGGCUCAGGCUGGUGGUGGUGGUGGCGCUGGUGAUCGGCUAGUGAAGUUUGUGAUAACGACUGGUACGUCGUACGCGCCUGGCCCGAGUUGUACCAGUAGCCCGGGUAACGGCAUGAGUAGGACACGCUGCGGCGACGUGAUUUUCGUGAUCCUGUGGAUAGGAUGCAUUGCCGGUGGUGGACUGUCGGUCACGGAAGCACGCGCUGUACCGCACCAUCGCCAACGAGGAGCAGGCAUUCGACGGCUACAAAACGUUACGCUCGACUCCAGGAACAGCAACUUGACGAGCGGCUUGACCGCGGGAGAGCUAGUGCUUGAAGGAUGCCAGGUGAACCACUUCGGUGAGGAGUUGUUUCAACUACUAGGGAGCCGUACCGGGUGUCUUAGCCUGCGCGGUGGCCGCAUUCCACGGAUUACCUAUGCCUCUCCAUCGUUGGAUACACUCGUGGUGGACGAGACGGGACUGCAGGAGUUCGAGGUGAACAGCUCUUACCCUGUGGCCAGCUUGCGCAUUCUGAUUAUCACACGAAAUCCCCUGGAACAACUUAGUCCCGGGUUGGCACGGUUCAGUGGAUUGCAUCGUUUAGAUCUCUCCCGGAAUCAGCUCACGUUUGUCGAGCUCGAACUGUUCAACGGAAUGAACCGGCUCCGUGAUCUGGAUCUGUCGGUCAAUCGAAUCGUUUGGCUCGGCACCGUACCACCGACCACCGUGCGCUUGUUGAGCAUUCGCAACCUGUGGGUGAGCUACAAUCGUUUGCAGUGGUUCGACGAUUUCCCGGACGCCUUUCCGGCGCUGGAUACGGUGCGGUUGCUUGGCAACCAGUGGACCUGCGGUUGGGUCGACCGUGCACGGCUUGAUAUUAUGCGCCGGGGGAUCACGGUGUUUGGAGCUGAUUACGAUUGUCCGGGUGAACGGCAGGGUGGACUUUGCUGUUAUGAGGGUGACGAUGACGUCACCGAGGAUGAUGCUGCGUCGUCGGUGGUUGCGCCAGCGCAUCGGACUAACCAGAGCGAUGGCGUCGUUGGUGUGCGCUACGGAAAGGUGGAAGUGUUUCUGUGAUUCACGAUCCACGUACUGGGCCGACAGUUUGAACAUCGGGAAUGUCAAUAAACUUGGCAGCAGUUUUUGUAAAAUGCACAUUCUUUUGUAAUUCUUCGAAUAAAAUGGUUUGUCAUAAAGAUUUUCACAAUAAAACAAUUCGAC